GUUCAGUCUCGGACAUCGCCCACCUAUGGCUGUGGCCGACGCAAAAUCGAGGACCAAGAAGCGGAAGCAAGACGCUCGUGAUGAAGACGCUCCUGCUGAGACUGCGACUUUUUUCGCUCCGGAGUCGAAUCUUGAAAUGCUCAGUGAGGACGAAGGAGCCGAGGACGCUGAAUCCGACGAUGGGCAUGUGGACGACUUUCCUGAGAUAGAUGCUGGUAGUGACUCCGAAGAUGGAUCCUAUGAGGGGCUAGACGAAGAUGAGGAGGAGGAGGGAAGCGAAGGAUCAGAGGACGAAGACGAGGAUGAGAUCUUCGAAGCCGACGAGGAUUCAGACGAUUCUCUCAGCCGCGACAUCUUUCCGAAACCAAAAACAAUAAUAUCAGACAUUACUGGGAAGCCAAAACGCGUCUACCCCGAAAUCGAGCCUGAUUACGACUCUGAUUCCUCGACGGAGGACACCCAGAAUCGUGUCGGAGAUGUGCCCAUGCAUUGGUAUGAUGACCUGCCUCAUAUUGGGUAUGAUAUGAACGGAAAACAAGUCCUGCGUCCCGCGCGCGGAGAUGAAUUGGACAAGUUUCUGUCGACCGUGGAGGAUCCUUCCGCUUGGACGUCCGCUUUCGACAAGACUGCUCAGAUGGACAAGCCGUUGUCUUCUGAAGAGCUGGACAUCAUCCGUCGCUUGUACGCCAAUGAAAUGCCCGAUGCGGAUUACGAUCCGUAUGAGCCGACGGUGGAAUGGUUUACUGGUAAAGGCAAAGAGGAAGUCAUGCCGCUUUCUGCUGCGCCUGAACCGAAACGACGAUGGGUUCCCAGUCGAUGGGAAAAACAAAAGGUCAUGAAAAUUGUUCGCGCAAUUCGACAAGGCCGGAUUCUCCCCUCCAAACCGAAAACGACUUCGAAAUUGGAGUUCUACUCUAUCUGGUCUGAACCCUCCAGCUCGCAUGCUCCUCCUCUUCCAGCUCCCAAGCCCCGCCUACCGACCAACUCCGAAUCUUAUAAUCCUCCAGAGGAGUAUCUCCCAACUGAAACUGAAAAGACGGAGUGGGAGGCAUUGGACCCUGAAGAUCGAGAACGCGACUAUCUACCCCAGAAGUACACGUCUCUGCGACUAGUACCUGCCUACGACCGCUUCAUCAAGGAGCGGUUCAGUCGCCAGCUUGAUCUGUAUCUGGCACCCCGGAUCCAACGCGUCAAACUCAAUAUCGAUCCCAACUCUCUGAUACCCAAGCUGCCCAGCCCACAGAGUUUGAAGCCGUUCCCGAACUACAAGUCUCUGAAAUUUGCUCACUUGGCUCGGGUUCGAUCGUUGAGCAUCAGUCCAGAUGGGGCCUGGGCUAUCAGUGGUGACGAGAGCGGUGUAGUGAGCCUAUGGGAGGUCAACGUCGGCCGACAGGUCAAGCGGUGGAAGUUCACCGGGAAGAUCGGUGCGCUGGAUUGGUGCCCACGAGUUGAUGUCAGCUAUUUCGUUGUCGGAGUCGAGGAGACGCUGCAUUUCAUCGUUCCCCCGAAUGUUCCGUCGACAAUACUGGCCUCGACACAAAACCUGUUGGCACCUGCUACUCUCCCCGCGGCUCCAGAGACGCCAUCUCUUGUGAAAUGGGUCACCGCGCCGACGAGCACGUGGUCGACCGAUACACCCAUCCUGACCGUGCACCUCCCCUCAGCGUCAGGACUGCCGAAACAAAUCACAUGGCACAGAAGGGGUGAUUAUGUAGCCACAGUCUCAAGUCAAGGCACGCAAUCUAGUGUCUGGAUGCACCAGAUUGGCCGCCGACAUUCUCAGGCUCCGUUCAAGAAGAUCAGGGGUGCCGUUCAGCUGGUGCUUUUCCAUCCAAUGAAGCCCCACUUCUUUGUAGCAACGCAGCAAUAUGUCCGCGUUUACAAUCUCGCCGAACAGACGCUCCUGAAAACAUUGGUUCCUGGGAUCAAAUGGAUAUCGUCGAUGGACGUUCAUCCCUCCGGCGACCAUCUUAUCGUUGGCGGGUACGAUCGCAAGCUGUGCUGGUUCGAUCUCGAACUGAGUGACAAACCGUACAAGAUCUUACGGUAUCAUACUCGAGCCAUCCGCUCGCUGGCCUUCCAUCCAUCGUACCCUCUAUUUGCGUCUUCGUCGGACGACGGGGCGAUACAAAUUUUCCACGCCCGAGUCUUCAAUGACUUGAUGACUGAUCCAUUGAUCGUCCCCUUGAAAAUUCUCAGGGGACAUUCCGUGAAAGACGGUCUGGGCGUCCUCCAGCUAAAAUGGGUCCCUCGGCAGCCGUGGCUGGCCAGUGCUGGCGCGGAUGGGACUGUGGGCGUUUGGUGUAGUUAGUUAGACAUCUGAUGCCAUCAUUGAUCUCUAUCUUCUCGACCACCUUGAGUCUAAACUGUGUUCAUGGUGCAACGAGCGACGUAACAACGCUCCACUCCACUCACAUCAGUUUGUAUUUGAGGUCCAUCGGGUUCUAUCUUCCGGCCGACUGCCCUCUGGCUCUCACGGAUUUUCUCGUACGGCAAACGGAGAUCCAUCAGACAAAACCUUGUUGUACGCAAGUGCUCUGUUCGUCUUCAAACGAUUCUCGAGCAACAAAUACAUACCGCCAAACUCUGUCUACCCCUUCAGCUCACGCUGAACUUGCGUUUUACUUUCCAUCGGUCGAUCACAUGUCGUCCAUUCUCAAGCAGCUGCCGUAUUUCGAUGUAGAACACGGAACUCUCCCAGACAGAUUGCGUCGUGUAACAGAAGUCUGCAUGGAACCGAGCAAGCCCUUCAUUAUCGACGCCACAGUGUGGCGGGUAGCAUCUUAAAAUGUUCCGGUCGGAUGUUACCUUUACUCAAAAUCUUCUUCGAGCUAGGCCUCAGCGCGUCUGCUCUUCUCUCUACGCUCGCUCCCACCCUCGCUCGGCCAUGGUCAAUUGGUCUGACCCCUCUGAAAUCGUCAAGGACUCCGAUGCGUUCUCAAAGAUCAUUUUCGCGUUCUUUGGGGUCCAGGUCUGGGAGCUAUUCAUGACCUGGGGAUUCGAGUGGUCCUUGCUCACUGGACGGAGAAAGUUCCGGUGGCCAUUGGUCUUCUUCUUUCUUUCCCGCUACUGCAUCUUGUUCUCGAUCAUCGGAUUAAUGAUCGCUUUGACGAGCGACCAUCCUAUAAACUGCCAAGUAUUGUUUUCAUGAUUGGUUAGUGGAGCGGGAACAUGGCCAUCCUGAGUGCCUCGACGUCUCUCAUGCUGCGCACCAUUGCGCUAUGGGAGCGGAAUCGGCGUGUUGUGAUUCCCCUAGUUGCCUUGGCUCUCGGGCACUGGGGACUCUUAUAUCGCACAAUCUUCGUCGUACAAGCCGUCUGGGAUUCAGACUCGCAAGUCUGCGUUGUUGUCGGGACCAAGUCGUCGCUCCUCAACGUCACAUUCUUCUUCACGAUCGGCUUCGAUUUCACCAUCCUUGCCACCACGGCUGGCGCGCUGAUCUCCCGGCAUUCUGCGCGCACGGAUCUAUGGAGAUUGCUGUUUACCGAUGGAUUGGUCUACUUUAUUGUGACAUUUUGCAUGAACUGCGUUCCAGCAGUCCUCAACCUGUUGGAUCUCAACUCUCCAAUGAAUGUGUAAGUGGUCCCACGCCGCAUCGAUUUCUGACAAACGGCUGGUCUCAGCAUUGCUACUAUUCCCGCUGGCACAGUCUCCUCAAUUGCGGCUUGCCGGGCUGUGAUGCGCCUGCUCGACUUCAACUCUGACCUGUACGUUCAGUCGAUGGCUGCUGUUCUGCCGUCGAGCGAUCCCAGGCACAGCCACAUGCCCUUUUCAUUGCCCACAGCCCCGAGAUUCGCUUUUUCGCGCCCAGACGGGGUUCUGGUCACGACCGAGCACAUCACCAUGGCGGAAUUCGCCCAGUCCCCGACGCUGCCUGAUGCGGCAUACAGCAAGAAUGACCUCCCGCGGUACGAUCUCGAGGCCGCUCGCCGACACGGAAUCGACGGAGAUGCGAUUUCGGUGCGUGAGGACACCACCGAGUACUCCGAAUCCACCGCCACUUCGCGGUAGUAUGGCUGGAUAAAAACUCGUAAUAUG